AUGGCUGUACCAACUACCAGAAAAGACCUCAUGAUAGUCAAUAUGGGCCCUCACCAUCCAUCAAUGCACGGUGUUCUCCGACUCAUCGUUACUUUAGACGGUGAAGAUGUUAUUGACUGUGAACCGAUAGUGGGUUAUUUACACAGAGGUAUGGAAAAAAUUGCGGAAAAUCGAACAAUUAUACAAUAUCUGCCUUAUGUAACACGUUGGGAUUAUUUAGCUACUAUGUUUACAGAAGCAAUAACUGUAAAUGGACCAGAACAAUUGGGAAAUAUUCAAGUACCUAAAAGAGCUAGCUAUAUCAGAGUAAUUAUGUUGGAGUUAAGUCGGAUAGCUUCGCAUUUAUUAUGGCUCGGCCCUUUUAUGGCCGAUAUUGGCGCGCAGACCCCUUUUUUCUAUAUUUUAAGAGAAAGGGAAUUAAUAUAUGAUUUAUUCGAAGCUGCUACCGGUAUGAGAAUGAUGCAUAAUUAUUUUCGUAUUGGAGGAGUAGCUGCCGAUCUUCCUUAUGGAUGGAUAGAUAAAUGUUUAGAUUUUUGUGAUUAUUUUUUAAUAGGGCUUACUGAAUACCAAAAACUUAUUACGCGAAAUCCUAUUUUUUUAGAACGAGUUGAGAACGUCGGCAUUAUUGGUGGAGAAGAAGCAAUAAAUUGGGGUUUAUCAGGCCCAAUGCUACGCGCUUCCGGAAUACAAUGGGACCUGCGUAAAGUUGAUCAUUAUGAGUGUUACGACGAAUUUGAUUGGGAAGUCCAAUGGCAAAAAGAAGGAGAUUCAUUAGCUCGUUAUUUAAUACGAAUCGGUGAAAUGGCCGAAUCUGUAAAAAUUAUACAACAAGCUCUAGAAGGAAUUCCAGGGGGUCCCUAUGAGAAUUUAGAAAUUCGACGCUUUAAUAGAAUAAAAUAUCCUGAAUGGAAUGAUUUUGAAUAUCGAUUCAUUAGUAAAAAGCCAUCUCCUGCUUUUGAAUUGUCGAAACAAGAGCUUUAUGUAAGAGUCGAAGCCCCAAAGGGAGAAUUAGGAAUAUUUUUGAUAGGAGAUCAGAGUGUUUUUCCUUGGAGAUGGAAAAUUCGUCCCCCGGGUUUUAUCAAUUUGCAAAUUCUUCCUCAGUUAGUUAAAAAAAUGAAAUUGGCUGAUAUUAUGACGAUACUAGGUAGCAUAGAUAUCAUUAUGGGAGAAGUUGAUCGUUGA